UCUUCCCUCCAGCUCUCGGACAUGGGAAAUUACCGAUGUGUGGCCUCAGUCAACGGAUCUGAAUUUUUCUCCGAAGAGGCUUAUCUGCAGUUAGAAGGCCUCCCCUUUUUCUCCGAGGAACCCCAAGACCUGGAGGUCACGGCCGGUACCCUGUUCAACCUCAGCUGUGGAGCCCAGGGACCCCCCGAACCGGUCUUGGUGAUUUGGUUGCAGGACAGCGUACCCCUCAACUCCUUGGCGGACCUCCUGGCAGAGACCCCCUCUGUGCUGGGGGUGAGAGGUGAGUCAGUUCACGCCACGCCGCAUUCAACCACAGCUCGUCCUGGACUUGCAACCAGAGUUUUGGAGGGUGUGACAAAUUACAACCGUAGCUUAAAG